AUGGGAAGGCCCUUUAUACUUCACUACGAUGAAAUCCCUGAUGAUGAUUGCAUCAAUUGUCGUAUCUGCGGAACUCAAGUUGGAUUCAUCGGGGAUCUCCAUGCUACUUCUAUUGUAUCAUGGGUCUUUCAUAAUGUGUUUAAUGUUGAAGUACCAGAGGACAGGCGAUAUCAUCAAGUAGAAGAAGAUGGCAGAACCGUAGCCGACACUUACUGUAUUAAAUGUGGAAACCUGCUAGGGUGGAAAGUUAUUGCAAUCGUCAAACCUAGCAUGUUUAUUAGAGAAGGAGUAUUCAUUAUAAGAAUAAGCCAGAUUGAUCCUAAUAAUCAAGAUGAAGGUGCUAAUGAACAGGUUCCUAAUGAUGAACAAGGAGGCACAAAUGAGUAA